UUAACCAUUCAGAGGCAAAUCUCUUAACCAUUCAGACAUCUGAACCAUUAAGAGGCUGAAACAAACAGUCUGAACCAUUAAGUGCUGAACCAUUCAGACAUCUGAACCAUUAAGAGGCUGAAACAAACAGCCCCUUAGUUAAAACAGUAAUUAAAAAUGUACCGAGUGGUUUUUUGGGCUCGCCGGCCCAAUUCAAACCCAACUAUAUUCAAAACCCGGAACCUUCUUCUGUUUCCCAACACUCUGCGUUAAUGGGGAUUUAAUCUUCUUUCCGGCCGUUCAAGUAGGGGAAGAAGCAAGAAAGAAAAGAUGUUGAAAUUCCUAUCGAAGGUGAAGAUCGAGUUCAAUGCGCUCGAUCCGCGAACCGCCUCAUGUAUGGACUUCCUAGCACAGUGCAACGCUCCGAAGGCCAAGGAGUCCAAUUCCGCCUGCCAAAUCCAGGUGAAGCCCUGCACCGACGACCACCCUCCCCAGAUCACCGUCACGUUCGUCAACGGCGUCGAGCAAGCCUAUGACGCCACCGCCACCUCCGCCCAGACCAUUCGCACCAUGAUUCUCGAGAAGGGCCAGUAUCUCGAGACCGAGCAGAUGUUUCGCGAAGCUGGUGAGAAGUGGCCCGUUCUCAUCCCUGCCGAUGAGCUCAACGAACCAUUCACCGGAAUUAAGCCACGAAAAGCAGAAGAGAAAAAGCAGUGAUAGCCAUUGCAGUUGCUCAUCUUUGAGUCUUUCAUCUGGGCAACUCCUAACAGUAAAGACGAUAGCCCUACGAAGAGGUGAAAUUUGGGUAUUGAAGUGAGAUGGUCUGUUUUCUUGAUCAUUUGAGGACAUGGCCAUUUUGAACUGUGCUUGCUUGUGGGACUUUUUAAACUAAAUGACUGCAUCUUGUAGGAUCGCCACUAAGUCGCGAAAUGAUUUUAAUUUAAAAAUCUUAAGGAAUAAGUUACUUCCUCUAUCUAAAUUUUCAGCUUAAUUGCAUUUGUGUAUUUCGAAUGUGUGUGUUCUGUUCUUAUGGUAGUAGCUUGAUAAUGAAAUUCUAUGAUUUUU